AUGGAAUUCCGUCAGCAUUUUGCAGAGCAGCAGCAGCAGGUUGUCGCUCAUGACUCCACAGCAGCGGACCACUACGAAGAAAUCCAACCAAACGCAGCACCUAACUGGAUAACAAGCUUGGAAGAGGAGCUAGACAAGAAAGUACUGGUCAUUUUGCGCGAUGGAAAGAACCUCAUUGGUAUGUUGCGGUCAUUUGAUCAAUACGGCAACUUAAUGCUGGAAGGCUGUGUCCAACGGAUUGUUGUCAAUACGUUUUACAAUGAUAUAUACCAGGGAGCGCUGAUCAUUCGGGGAGAAAAUAUCUUGCUUUUCGGGGCCGUUGAUGAAUCGAAGCCAAGCCGGCUCGAGUCUCGGCCACUGUGGGAAGUCUUGGAGAUGAAUGAGGAACUGGAAAAACGGGAAAACAGGAGACGGCGCAAUCUGCGGCAUUUGGGCGACUUCCUCUAUGGCUAUGAUCUACCAGAUGAGUGA